AUGGGUUGCCCCGUUCCCAGCGCCGCCCCGAUAGCGGGUAGUAUCGCAGCAUACACCUUUCCCUCAAUCUACAACAGUUCAACCUUGUUCGACCUCAAUGUAGGGUCCACCGACAUUCCCGUGAUGCAAUUCUACGAAUACGACUAUGCCCACUUCUCCAUGGACAGCAAGCCCACCUGGAUCGCAAUCACCAUCCCCGACGACACCGACCUCACCGACGUCCGCAUCUCGCCCAAGAAGCUCGGCAUCACGCCCACAAAAUCGACCGGCUGCGUCUCCUUCACCAUCCCCAGCGACGAAUACCUCAUUGUCAAGAUCGGAAGCCUCAAAGAACUGGUCAUUGCCGCCGACAAGCUCGAGACUAACAAGCCCGUGAAGUCUGCCUCGUACGUCUACAACAUCCUCUCGAAACCCUUCAACGCAGACCCAACCGGAUCAGGGCUCGCGACCACCACUCUGCAAAAUGCAAUUGACACCGCGGCGGCAGACUGGGCGGCGGCCAAAAGUAGCGGCGUCAGCGGCCUGCCGCCCAGAGCAACUGUCUACGUCCCCAAAGGUCUCUAUCUCAUUGGUAACAUUGUCCUCAAGUCCAACACGGAGCUAUACCUCGAAGCCGGGUCAUUCCUACGCUUCACGGGCGUGAAGUCGGACUACACCCUGCACUGGUACAAGAGCUCCCAGGGCCGCGACGUAACAUGGUGGAUCCGCACCGACUUCAACAGCACCAACAUCAAGGUCUAUGGCCGUGGAACGCUCGACGGAAACGGCAAAUACGGCACCAACGUUGGAAAGAUCAACAACAACAUCCUCGUCCCCAUUGCCACAAGCCACUUCAUGGUCGACGGAAUCGUCAUCAAGGAGUCUUCAUCAUGGUCGACCAUUCCCAUGAGGUCACAGAACCUCUUGUUCCAAAACAUCAAGUGGUUCAACUCCCUAUGGAUGAGCGAGAACGAUGGAAUUGAUGUCCUUGAGAGUGUGGACGUUAUCGUGAGGCACACGAUCGCAAUCUCGCUCGACGACCCGUACUCGACCAAGGCGUACACCAAGAUCUUCCCGAAAUACAACGACGUCCUUCCUGCAGCGAGGGCGGUGGAGAACGUGCUUUUCGACGACAAUCUUUCAUGGACUAGAUGCUUCGCGUUCAAGAUUGGCCAGGGAGUGCAGAUGCCGCACUUGAACAUCACCUUCCAGAACGGCGUUGUCUAUGAUGCCGCCGUCGGACUCGGAAUCCACCACGCUUGGGGAACAUCCUAUAUCAAAGACGUGACAUUCAGUCUCAUGCAAGUUGAGCGCAUCACCCUGGAGCUCGAGGGCCGUAGCACCUGGCUCGGCUUCAUCAUCACCGACAAGCCCGACGGCACCCCGGCCGCGUCGGACGGCGCCGGGCCCGUGUCGAAGGUCCGGGUCCGAGAUACCACCGUCUGGAGCAAGGGCAAGACCGGAAUCUCGCUCGAGGGUCUCAGCCCGACGGCGAACAUCUCCAGUAUCUUCUGGAGCCACACCAAGAUGCCGGGAGUGGAUGGAUAUGCGCAGAGCUUGGAGGCGCUGAACAGUAAGACAGAGCCGACGUUUGUGUACGAUAUCAAGUGGGACACCGAUUAA